AUGGAAAACGAGCUGGACGUCGAUGAUUACAUUGCCAAAGCCAAAGCCAAAGCAAACCGCACCCUCGCCGGGACGCCAGUGGGUGCAAUCCCAAGCACUGAUGGGGUAAAGGUUCUAGGAGACCGCAAGACCAAGCGAGUGCCCUCAGACCAUCCAAGAAGUAGUGAGAGCUCUAUGGAAACUCAGCAGGCGAAUGUUGAUGCCCAACAACAAGUCGGUGCCAUUUCCAGUGCCAGUGGGCCAAAAGCCUUGGGAGAAUGCAAGAUGAAACGGUGCCCCACGGACUCUCAACCGACAAGUAACCCACGAGGUUCUGUGCAAGCUGAGCAGCCGGAUGGUGAAGACAAGCAGAGAGUUGGUGCUAUCCCCAGCAGCAACGGGCCCAGAGUGCUAGGAGACCGCAAGAUCAAACGAUGCCCUCCCGACUCAUCUCCUCCCCCCAUCAAUGGUCUUGUUGAAGAUGGGCGUCAACAUGGCGCAGCUUAUCCCCGCAGCGUUCCCCUCGGUGACAGCAAUCACACAACUGGAAGUGGCAGACGCACUCGUUACCGUGAUAAACUUGCAGCCCUCGGAAACAAGGGUAGUGCCACUACUAUUGCCACCCGAGACGAUCAGUCAUCAAAUACUGUAGACUUCUUGGAAGGGAGGGGGGGCACAGCAAAUGGACUUGAGAACAGUGGUGAUCAUGGACUUGUGGCAGCUCGUCCUGUUGAAGAUGAGAAUAUUCCGGAAAAGCUACCUCAAGCUGAGCAGUGGGAUGAAGAGGAGCAUCUUGCCCAGGUGGAAGAAGCUCGUAAGGAAGGAAAUCUCAAGGUUUUUGGCUACCUUGGCCUUGGUCUGCUUGCUCUUCUUGUUGUGGUACUGCUGGUUUUGUUCCUCCCCAAGCAUAACAAUGAGGAUGCCCUUACAUUUUCUCCAUCAGCUAGUCCUUCAGCAGCUCCAUCAACUCAAAAAGACUACACUAUGAACCUGUUGCCUGAGUUUUCCUCCAAGAACAUCCCUGUCAUUGGUACUCCACAACACAGAGCCUUUCAGUGGCUUAUGAAUGACACAGCAGUGGGACUCUAUUCUGAUACCAGGCUGGUCCAACGUUAUGCAUUGGCAGUCAUCUUCUAUGCCACAGGAGGAAAUGAUUGGUACAACCUUGUCAAUGAAGGAUGGCUGAGUCAUGAUUUGCACGAAUGCAGUUGGUCAUUCACCAAAGACACUGAGCUCAUCAUCAAUGACUCCAAUGGCCAUGAAGAAAUAUUCCUACCCGAAGGCCCCUGUGCCAAUACUGGCAUCAUUGGUCUAGAGGAUGACUUGUACUAUGAAACUCUCUGGCUUCCCGAGGCCAACUUGGAGGGCAACUCAAUCCCAUUGGAGCUAUUCCUUUUGACAUCCUUGCAUACUCUCAACCUUGAUGGGAACCCCUUUUUGUCAGCUACAAUCCCAACAGAGAUUGGAAUGCUCACCAAUCUCGAGAACUUGGCAUUGAGUUUCUUUGAACACCUCACUGGAGAUUUACCUUCAGAGAUUGGAUUCUGUGCCGGUUUGACAUCCCUCAGGAUUGAACAAACAGCCUUAUCAGGUUCCCUUCCAACAAGCAUUGGGAUGCUACAGAAUCUCACCUUGUUUAUUGCUGUUGAAUCAAGCUUGUCAGGGUCAAUUCCAUCAGAAGUCGGACUGUUAUCAUCACUUCAAGUCUUCAAUGCAGCUAGAAACAUCAUGAAUGGAACUAUACCCAGGGCCAUCCCAUCAGAGGUUGGUUUGCUUUCAUCACUUUGGCUUUUUCAUAUCUAUGGAAACAAUCUCAGUUCCAGUAUCCCAACAGAGAUUGGUGCCAUGCAUGGCAUGGAAUCACUGCAUCUCUAUGACAACCAUCUCACUGGGUCCAUGCCAUCGGAAGUAGGCAUGAUGAGCUACUUGUUUGAGUUCAAAGUGAAUCACAAUGAACUUACUGCCAAGAUCCCUUCUGAGAUUGGACAGCUCUUCGACCUGUCCAUGCUUCAUCUACAGGAUAACAUGCUCACAGGAACCCUUCCAGCAGAGAUGUACAAUUUGGCCCACUUGGAAGAGCUGCAGCUGCACAGGAACCAGCUGGCUGGACCUCUGGCUGCUGAAAUUGGUCUCUGGUCUUUUAUGUACUUGUUGUCUCUGGAUGGCAACAGAUUCUCUUCAAAGAUCCCAACCCAAAUUGGACUCUUGGGUAAUAUGGAAUUACUUUUGCUUUCUGGCAAUGCACUCACUGGCCCAUUGCCAUCCGAAAUUGGUUUGAUGACCAUGCUGUCCUACUUGGAUGUUUCAGAUAAUGACUUGACUGGAGAAGUCCCCCAGGAAUUGGCUGUUGUCUUGUCAAGUCCCCGUCUUGAGUUGGUCAACUUCUCUGGCAAUGCACUUGCUGGGGAGCUUAUGGGCGAACUCUGUGUUGCAGAUAAAUCGCUGUUCCAUUUUGACUGCCAUGCAAUGCUGUGUGGUUGCUCCUGUGUGUGCCAGAAUCUCUCAGCUCCCUUGGCCAAUGCCAGUCAUCACAAUUGA